AUGGGCGAAAUCUCUCAAGAAAUAGGUGAUAUCGGUAGCUCAAAUUCAAAAGUUUUUGAUAAUAUUUUUACAAACGAAUCAAAUAAGUCCGAUAUUGAGUUUAACGAGUCAAAAGAACAACCAGAAUAUGAAAGAAAUUUAGGCGGCACAGCGGAGUCGCUUUUGGAUCCUGUUAUUCAACAAGAUGAAAUAAAUUUUCAGGAAGAUACACCUCUGCAUAAUGAUAAUGCGUCUUCCACAAAAUCACAUGAUAUGUCUACAGAGGAACAAUCAGAUCGACAUGAAACGUAUAAUGAUAAUGAGUCUUCGAAUGUUCCUUUAAAAUUUCAGUAUGAAACGACAAAAACAGAUGAUAUGUUGACGGAGGAACAAUCAGAUCAACAAGAAACGUCUUUGCAUAAUAAUAAUGAGUCUUCGGUGGAAAUACAUGAUAUUUUGGCAGAUGAACAAUCAGAUGGAUCUGAACAAUUCGAAGACAGCAUAGAUUUUGAUAAUAAUGAACAAGACGAUCAGAUGUUAUUAGUACAACAUCCAGAUGAUGGAGAGGAAGAUAGUGAUUAUAUGGUUUCUUCAAUAAAUACAAACUCCGGAUCUGAAAACUCAUUAAAUAUGCGUGAUGUGGCAAUAAUUAAUGCAGAUGAUGUUUAUACCCCACCAUCACCUUCGCAAGAUUCAAUGAAUAGUAGUAUAGAAUCGCUACCAGUUGGCGAUGUUUCGGAUUCCUAUGUAAUUCCCGAUAUUUCUCAAUCCUCCCAAGAAAGUUCAUUCCAUGACGUAAGUUCAUCUCAUGAGGAAAUUUUAUCUCACGAGGAAAGUUCAUCUCACGAGGAAAGUUCAUCUCAAGAAGAAAGUUUACCUCAUGAGGAAAGAAGAACUGAAAUUAACAUAACAUCUCCACCUGAUGAUGACUCUCAAUUGCAAAUUCUUUCAUCUGAGGUAAGGAGAGACGAAAUUACUAUAACAUCUUCACCGGAGGAAAGGAAAGACGAAAUUAUUAUAACAUCACCUGAGGAAAGAGGAGAUGAAAUUACAAUAACAUCUUCACCUUAUGACCCUCGAUUGCAAAUUCUUGCACCCUUAAUAAUCAAUAAUGAAAUAGAGGAUGAAGGCUUGGAAAGAAUUCAUAUAACACCUAUUCUAUCGCGUGCACUUUCUGUAGAUGAACCUUCAAGUCCUACAAUUUCUUCUAUUUCCAAUAAUUCUGUACGAGCACCACUCUUGCAUCCAAAUAUAUCAGAAAUCUUAUUUGGACAUCCUCAAAUUAAUACUGUUAAUUUUCAAAGACAAAAUUUGAGUGCACGUGGGAUGGCACUUGCAAUUAUGCAUCAACAUAUGUUGGUACCAUUUAUUCAUGGAUUUAGUUGGGCAUUUGGAAUACAUAUUUAUCGAUAUUUGAGAAAUGGAUUUUCGAUGAGAGGGUUAUUCCGUUCUUUAUUCGCAGGAAUAACGGGAACGGGAACAAGAAGCAAUUCAUCAACAUAA